UGUGUAGUAGGCGGGUUCUGGUAGUUGCGACAGGAACAGUUCAUUGGAAUUUGUUAACUGUGUAGCCUGUCGUUUUGAGCAAUAUCCUGGGGUUUGGCUGUGCUGGAAAUGCAUUUUGUCUGUAUUUUUUUAGUUAGACAGACAAAAGGCUCUCAAAUAGGUAUAGCCUAUUCAUAUGGACAUUCAGAUACACUUCAUAUAGUUUUACAUAGACACAACAACAUUUGAAAAUGGCCUGGGUAAGGAUAGUCCGCAUUUCCCUGAUUUUGGUUUUAAGCCAACAGGUCGUCUCUUACGUUCCUCCUCCUGUCAACGUGAGCCUCAUCUGCCACAAUUUUCACAAUGUGAUCUAUUGGAACUACAGUGAACCAUCUCUGCAGCCACAGUUCAAUGUGAAAAUGACACGAAAAUACUCUGGUGCUGCCUUGGUUUGUUCAAACACUUCCCUCUACCACUGCGAUGUCUCCUCAUUUACCAAAGUAAUAGAAGAGGGCUACCGUUUCAUAUUGACUGCUGUUGGACAGAAUACCAAUUACUCCGAAAUUUCAUUCACCUACGAUGAUACAAUGUAUCCAGACCUGGUGGAUGUACAGUGCUCAUUGGAUUUCCCACCUGUCAGCAUCUCUGCUGUAUCUGAUCAAAUUAUCAAAGUUCAAUUCAUUCACCCAUUUCACAUCUACAAAUAUGCCAUCAUCAAAAAUGAAAGACCGGAUCAUAAGGAAUUUGAUUACAUGGUUGUCGCAGAAGAUCACUUGAAACAACACAGCUUUGCCUGCUCUUACAAGCAACACCAUGUGUGUGAGGCUGAAAUACCAGUCGAUGGAAAGAUGGAUAGGCACUGCAUCAAGAUGAAAGGAAAAAUGAACAAUGUUCAUGUCUCAGCUCACCAGAACAUAUGCAUUGAGGGGAAGCAUGGGGAUUCCGGUCCUAGCUACACUGCCCUCUACAUUGUGAUCCCUAUCGUUGCCAUAGUGGUGAUUGCGUUCAUCGUGUGGCUGAUAUACAGUAAACUGACAAGCGGCUCAUUCCCUCAACCAAAGAUUUUGGCUUCCAUACUGUCACAUAUGGGUUCAGUUAGGUCACUUAUGCUCCCUGAGAGAGCCAUCCUGAGUGAGGUACAAACAGGUGGCUCCCCCCUGCUGCAGACCCCCAUGGAAUCUUUGCCAGAUGAGACCCUCACAGUCUUCAGUACCCCCCAGGAAGAGGUCCUCCGCCUCCCCAUUGGACUGAAAGACCAGGAGUGGAGCGGUGGGGAGGUCAUGUUGCCUAACGAGGGGUCAGGCUCUUCACUGCAGGUAGUCUAUGGUGGAGAUAAAGAGGGUAAUCAAAGGGAUGGCCUUCAUUAUGGUUUUUCCAAUUCAUCACUUGGGACUGUUGCCUAAUCAGGGGAACCAGGGAUAGACCAUGUGAAACCCAAGUGGUACGUAGUGGUAUUGCAUGCUCACAACAAGUUUUUUUUUUUAAAUGUCCUCAUUCCUGACCUGCAUGCCCUAUUGUCAUGUUGAAUUUCAUUAGGCCAAAUUUAAGACAGUUCCUAUAGCAUCUUUGUACAAAAAAAGCAAGUUCCUUUUAUCCAGAUAUUAUUUUACUGUGCCAUUAAUGUUUUCUAAGGUAGCAAGGGAAUAUAAGGGUUGGGAGAGCAGAAUGAAUAUAUUCAUUAGGUUAUUGUCUUUUUUGUCUUGUGCUGUGUAUAUUUGUUCUAUUUGCACUUUUACAUGGCUCUCAUGCAUGUACAAUAUUCUAAAAUAUUAUUAGGAACAUGUCCUAUUAUAUUCCGAUGAACACGUUAUACCAAUGCAAGGGGAUUGCUAUGGUGGUGAUGAUUUCUGUUGUUGCUGUAAUUUCUGAUGCCUUGCUUAGAUUACGAUAUUGAAUUCAUCUUACUAUCCAAAUGCAUUGUAUGCAGCCAUGGUUAGAGAGUUGGGCUGGUAAUCGAAAGGUUACUGGAUCGAAUAUCCGAGCUGACAAGAUGAAAAAUCUGUUGUUCUGCCCCUGAGUAAGGCAGUUAACCCACCUUUCCCCGGGUGCCAAAGACAUGGAUGUCGAUUAUGGCAGUCCUCUGCACCUCCCUGAUUCAGAGGGUUUGGGUUAAAUGCUUUAGACACAUUUCAGAUGAAUGCAUUCAGUUGUACUAUUGACUAGGUAUCCCCCCCCCCUUCCCUCUACAUUUGUAUCCCAUUUAACGACGAGAAAGCUGAAGAAAACGUGGACAAUAUGCAUACUUUCUUCAUGAAACACCAUUUUCCACCUCCAUGAUCGAGUGGCAAAUGCCUAGGAAUGCUACUUCCUGAUGUUGCACCCCGCGUUCAGCCUAGGGUAAACAACAGACUGCUGCAACCUGAUUGGCUGAAUGUGAUACGCAACAUCCGGGACUAUCAUGGUGGUGGAAAAUUGUUUAAUGAGGAAAACAUGCAUAGUUUUCCUGUUUUUAUCCGCCUUCUCGCCAAUAAAUUAAAGAGGAAAUCGAAGCCUUUGCAGCCUGAAUGGAGAACGUUUUAGGUACGAACCUGUCCACAGGGGAUACAAGUAUAUUGCUAGCUGCAUUUGGACGGUAAGAUUAACUCAAUAUCGCCAUCUGCGGUCUUUAGGUUACCUCAUACCUAAUCAUUUUGGUUUUUAUUGUGCACAUCUGUAUAUUGUAUUUUUCAAAUAGCUGCAAUUAUCUUUUUUUAUAAAUAAGGCUGUUUUUAAAAUAUUAUUUUCCCCUAUCAUUUCCCAAUAUACAAUAAAUAAACUCUGCAAAAAAAGAAACGUCCCCGUUUCAGGACCCUGUCUUUCAAAGAUAUUUUGUAAAAAUCCCAAAAACUUCACAGAUCUUCAUUGUAGAGGGUUUAAACACGGUUUCCCAUGCUUGUUCAAUGAACCAUACACAAUUAAUGAACAUGCACCUGUGGAACGGUCGUUAAGACAUUAACAACUUAGACUGUAGGCAAUUAAGGUCACAGUUAUGAAAACUUAGGACACUAAAGUGGCCUUUCUACUGACUCUGAAAAACAACAAAAGAAAGAUGCCCAGGGUCCCUGCUCAUUUGCGUGAACGUGCCUUAGGCAUGCUGCAAGGAGGCAUGAGGACUGCAGAUGUGGCCAGGGCAAUAAAUUGCAAUGUCUGUACUAGAGGUCGACCGAUUUUAAUCGGAAUGGCUGAUUUUAAUUAGGGCCGAUUUCAAGUUUUCAUAACAAUCGGUAAACAUCAUUUUUGGACACCAAAUGUGGCCAAUUACAUUGCACCCCACGAGGAGACUGCAUGGCAGGCUCACUACCUGUUACGUGAGUGCAGCAAGAAGCCACGGUAAGUUGCUAGCUAGCAUUAAAUUUAUCUUAUAAAAAAACAAUCAAUCUUAACGUAAUCACUAGUUAACUACACAUGGUUGAUGAUCUUACUAGUUUAUCUAGCUUGUCCUGCGUUGCAUAUAAUCGAUGGGGUGCCUGUUAAUUUAUCAGAUCACAGCCUGCUUCGCCAAACGGCUGAUUUAACAAGCGCAUUCGCGAAAAAAGCACUGUCAUUGCACUAAUGUGUACCUAACCAUAAACAUCAAUGCCUUUCUGUAAAAUCGAUACACAAGUAUAUUUUUUUAAACCUGCAUAUUUAGUUAAUAUUGCCUGCUGUUACGUUUUUUUUCCGUCGAAGGAGAGUCGGACCAAAAUGCAGCGUGGUUAGUUCGAUACAACGAUAAUCACCUGACUGAUUGAGAACCGCCUCAGGCAGCCAUAGACUAUGCUAGACACCCCACAAAACCCCAAGACAAAAACGCACCACAAAAACCCAUGUCACACCCUGGCCUGACCAAAUAAAUGAAGACAAACAUACAGUUUAGAUGAUCAAUUGUUUACAUUAAUGAUUAGAACCAUUUAUGCUAAUACUAUUAUGUUAUGAUUUGAAAAGUAUGGGUUCUUAAUUGUACUGUUACUGAAAAUGUAAGCAGAAAUGAAUUGUGUCUGUGUCUCCUGGGAAAGUUUAAGAAGGAGGGAUAAGAUAGUUUUUCAAACAGAUAAGAAUGUUUUGGUUGGAUUCCAUUAGGGGAGAUAAGUUAUCCUUUAGACAGGUUGGAAUGUAGUUUAUGAGGGGAGUGAAACUAUCUCCAGGUCCGAAUACUACGCCAUUGUAAGGCUGGGAGAGGGUGUGAAACUGAUGACGUCAUUUUAUGUCUUCUUUCUUUAAAAUGUAAUGUUCUUUGUAUUUUGGGUCAGUACUCUCUAGAAUUAAACGCUCUUUAACCUGG